CCCGUUUAGUUCUCCGGCUAAAACCCCUCCAAAACCCCGCCCCGUAUAACAGGUAACAGAGCCCACUUCCUCUGUUCACUUGCCUCCAUUGAUUGAUAGACCUCAAAAUCUAAACAAACACGCAUCGCAUGGUUUCGUCUUCGUCCAUUCCCCUAAUGCUCUGAAGUCUGAACCCAUCAACUCUCUAAAACCCCUUUUUCCAUCAAACCCAUGUCUCUAUUCAAAGCCCUCCGCUCGCACAAUCCCCACUCUCUCCUCAGACCCCAAAACAUCGGCCAUAAAUCAUUCUCUCUCUCCUCACUCUUCAACAAAAGGCCUCUUCCAACCGAAAACCAGAGCAAAAGUAAUCCCAAACCCAGAAAGCCUCUGGACAUUCUGUUCAAGGAGGCAGUGGGAAUAUGCCCGACGCCCGAAAACAACGGCGAAGGCAAAGAAGACAACGAGCUGAAGAGGAAUUUGAGGGAUUUGGAGAGAGAAGUUAGGAGUUUGAGAGAGAAUUCGAGUGGCAAAAAUGACGUGAAAGAGAAAGGGUUAGAGGGUUUUAAGAAGGGCUUGCACGGCGUGUUCACGCAUCGGGUCCGGUCCGGUGAUAAAAGCUUAACGGGGAGGAAUAGGGAGAUUUCAAUGGUGGUUAGAGAGCUUUCUGGGGAUAUGAAGUUGUUUGUGAGCCAUUUAUACAAGGAAGGAUAUAUGGAGAAUGCCGAUUUCUUGAAAAAGAAUGAGGAUGGCUUGGAUUUUAGUUGCUUUGACAAUAGCUUUGGUAGAGGAUUUAUAAAGUUUUCCGCGGAGAAGUUUGCCAAAGACAACCAAGAAAUUGCCAA